AUGUUCUUCAUUGGGGAGGGAGUGCAGCAGCAAGAGCAACACACACAGGAGGAGGAUGCGGGUACUCCUGGGGUGUCAAGACAGCGGGGUGAGGGAGAAGGCGCCGCUACUCGUCUCUCAGGCAGCGCUUCCUCUCCCAGCGGAGAGGAACCAGCAGCAGCAGCAGCAGCAGCUGUUGCUGCUGCUGCUGCUGCUGCUGCAGAAGCAGAAGCAGAAGCAGGAGGAGGAGGAGGAGCUAUUGGGGAGGGAGUGCAGCAGCAAGAGCAACACACACAGGAGGAGGAUGCGGGUACUCCUGGGGUGUCGAGACAGCGGGGUGAGGGACAAGCCGCCGCUGCUCGUCUCUCAGGCAGCGCUUCCUCCCCCAGCGGAGAGGAACCAGCAGCAGCAGCAGCAGCAGCUGCUGUUGCUGCUGCUGCUGCUGCUGCAGAAGCAGAAGCAGAACAAGCCGCCGCUGCUCGUCUCUCAGGCAGCGCUUCCUCCCCCAGCGGAGAGGAACCAGCAGCAGCAGAAGCAGGAGGAGGAGGAGGAGCGCGUAAGAGCCCCAGCUGGAGUACAAAGGCGCUGAUGAGAGUGAUGACCGGCCCCGCCAUGAUCCUUUUGGGUUCCCCCAGGAAACCAGCAGCAACGAAAGCUGCACAGGCGAAGACGAAGGCGGACGGGGCGCAAUGCAUCGACCCCAUGGCGGCACUGUACUCUAGCGAGCCCCUGGCUCCUCGGUGGUGGGAUAAGAUGAGUGAAAUGGCGUUUCUGGCUACGACUUCUUCUGCGUGGUCAGCAGGGGGCGUUGCGCAGUGUACAGAAACCCCAGAUACAAGAGGGGAGGGUCUGGCGCUGCAGCCUCCUUGCAUUGGGGUGGAUUUGUUGCUGCAGUUCUAUGAGGAAAGCGUCGUGCUAGAUAUCCGCCCCCGGGCUUCAUUUGAACUUAUGCAUCUAAACAAGGCUAUUAACGUCACUCCUAAAGAUGUAUGCGAGCUGAUCAGCCUCCUUAAAGAAGGACAAAUGACGCUCCCUGACCCCAAAGGCGUGCAUAUACAAAUGCAGAAAUUCGGUGGCAGCAGUCGACCCCUUAUCAGCAAGAUGACUCGUGCUGCAUCUGGCGCUUCAUCGUUUGAAGCAUUUCAAGCAGCAGCAGCAGAAGCGGGAACAGCAGCAGCAACAGUUUCUGCUACAGCAGCAGCUGCAGCUGCAGAGGCUCAACAUGCAGCAGCACAAGGAAGGGGAGGCCAGGGCCCCCCUUCUGCUCCACUGCAGCUGCAGAGGCUCAACAUGCAGCAGCACAAGGAAGGGGAGGCCAGGGCCCCCCUUCUGCUCCACUAA